AUAAAUAGUUUUACCAAAAAACAACACAAAGGUAUAUUGUGAUAGUUUUAGAUCAAUCUGAUUGUAUGGUAACUUGGUAACUUGCUGGUAUAAACUUACAAGUUAUAUAAUCUCACAUUUUGUCCUAAAAUUAUGAUUAUUUAAAGAUUUAUAACAAAAAAUUGGGUGCAUAAGAAUAGUGAUAUAAAAGAAUCUAUGUGAUUUGUAAUCUAUUUCAUAAGAAUAUUUUUAAAUAUGAAUAAAUCAACAUAAUUAAUUAUUUUUGCGAUAAAUUUAAGGGUUGUGGUGCGUUUGCGCUACAUAAUUCUUAUUAAUUUACCGAAGGACGGCGAUGAAAUCAAAUUAAUAUAUUGAUAAUGUCGCAGUUGCUUGCAUAUGGAACAAUACUUUAUGUUGUUGUAUAGUGAAAUUCUGGGAAGUUUGAUUUCUUUUAUUUCCGCUCAAAUAUUUUGAUUAAAACGUUUUUUUUUUCGGCUGCAGUUCCUUCUUUACAAUUUGCAAAUGCAGUCGAAACAGAGUCAUGAAGUAAAUGAACUCGAAUUGAACUGUAAUUUACCAUAUUAACGCAAAUUAAUUGCAUUGUGUGCAAAAUCACCGAAUGCACGCUACAUUUACAUUUCCAAUAUUAUAAAAACUUCUGACUGUGCAGAAAUAGCGCAUUCGUUCAUAUCUUGUAUUACUGUAAACACCAUGAGGUCAAAUGUGAUCGAAUUUGCGCGACAAGUCGACCCGCACUCAACUAUACCCGCAUUCUUCGCCGGCAAAAAUGUCUUCAUCACCGGUGGCUCGGGUUUCAUGGGAAAAGUUCUCAUUGAGAAACUGCUUCGCGCUUGUCCCGAGAUCGGCAACGUGUACAUUUUAUUAAGAGAAAAGUAUCAACAAAGUUUGCAAGAACGAGUCAAGAAUAUUACGGAAAAUAUUUUGUUUGAUAAGUUACGCCAAGAAAACCCCGCUGCACUCGCAAAAAUUGUCCCAAUCAGAGGCGAUGUAAGAGAAUUACGUUUGGGCAUAUCGGAAGAGGAUAGAAAAACGCUGAUUGAAGAGGUUUCCAUUGUGUAUCAUGUUGCUGCAACCGUGCGAUUUGACGAAACCCUUGCGGAUUCCAUUCUGAUGAAUACACGUGGAACGCGCGAGGUUUGCAGUUUAGUAUUGGAAUUAAAAAAUGCCACCGCAUUUCUUCAUGUCUCAACUGCAUAUUGCCAACAUGAUAAGAAAAUUGUCGAAGAGAAGUUGUAUCCACCUAGAAAUGACUGGCGAAAAAUGAUUAAAAUGGUGGAAGAGACUGAUCAGUAUCACAUGAAAGUGUUAAGUCAUAAAAUAAUGGAUGGUUAUCCCAACACCUACACCUAUUCAAAAGCAUUGGCGGAGAAUGUAAUAGUUGAUAUGUUGCAAGGAAAAGUACCAACUAUCAUUAUGAGACCCACGAUAGUUGUAUCAACUUAUAAAGAUCCCAUGGCUGGCUGGAAUGAUAACAUGAAUGGUCCAGUGGGUUUAGUAGCAGCAUCAGGAAAAGGAAUAUUACGCUCAAUAUUCGCUAGUCGUGAAUCUAUCCUCGACUUUAAUCCUGUAGACGUUGCGAUAAAUUUCAUCUUGAAAGCCACGUGGUUGCAUCAGUUUCUACAUCAAGAUCACAUCGCAGUUUAUAACUGUUCAAGUGAAGGCAUCGUUCAAAUUCAUGUGACUACCCUACAAGAAAUCGGCUAUCACGUUCAAGAACAGGUCACUGUAAAGCCAAUAUGGUAUCCAUGUUUUGAAACAACAGACAACAAAUUCAACCACAUGAUCAAAAUCUAUUUGUAUCACUUGCUGCCGGCCAUUAUAAUCGAUUUGAUUUUAAAAUGUUUUAAAAAGCCACCGAGAUUGUUUAAAAUUCAACGAAAAAUCUACUUGGCCCUUGGUUGUUUGGAAUAUUUCAUGCGGCAUCGCUGGGUGUUUAAAAACGACAAACUCCUUGAAAUGGACGAUUAUUUACACGAAUCCGAUCAGGAAAACUUCUACGUAGAUAUGCGAGCAAUCGAUGUGAUGGAAUUUUUCCUAACAAGCGCUAAAAUUGGUGUGCCUUUAAUCAUGAAAGAAGAUUUAAGUAAUUCCAAGCAAAACUACCGCACAAUGAAGAGAAUGGGUUAUGUACACAAUGGACUCAAAUUCAUCUUCAGCAUCCUGCUUCUCAUCUUCACGUUGAAUAAUUUUCUAAUCCCUGGGUGGAAUUCUUUCAUUGAUUACCUAAUAUCACUUUAAUUAAAUUGUAUUUAUUGAAGGUGAAUGGCAAAUACUGAUAUAAAUUAAUUGCGCACUCUACACACAAAAUAUUGUCUCAAUUUCAUAAAAUGCAUAUCAAAAAUAUAUUAUAUUACACUUACUUGUAAAACACUGUAUACAUCGUGGUAUUUCUGAUAUGUGUAAAAAAGAAAAACAAAUUAGUGCUAGUUCCACCAGACUAAUAAUCUAGUCACUUCCAAGGCGGUUUCAUCGUGCGAUUAUCAUUUAUGUUGAUUUUAUUCCUAUCUACGAUUUCCUAAAUAAAUAAAUUCAUGAUCAAUGAAAA